AGCAGCUUCUCAGUGUGAACACAUCUGCUGUUCCUGUGCGUCUGUCUCGGCGCAUCUCUUCGCAUCUCUUUGCUCCACAAUGUCUGUCCUCCAGGGCGUCCUCUACGUGGUCCUCAGCUGGACCAACCUCUGUCAGAUCCUGUGGGUGGUCGUCACAGGGCUGGUUAUCGUGGUGGCGGCGUGGACGGCGAGGCUGCUGGUGCGUCACGCCUGGUACGUGCACAGACUGUCGUGCUUCAGCAGGCCCCGUGCACACUCUUGGCUGAUAGGUCACCUGGGCCAGAUGCAGAGCACAGAGGAAGGUCUCCUCCAGGUGGACGACCUGGUGCAGACAUACAAACACUCCUGCAGCUGGUUCCUCGGUCCUUUCUAUCACCUGGUCAGAGUUUUCCACCCCGACUAUGUCAAACCUCUACUGAUGGCACCUGCGAGCAUCACAAUGAAAGAUGAGCUUAUCUAUGGGCAUCUGCGUCCAUGGCUUGGCCAGAGUUUGCUGACAACCAACGGGGACGAGUGGCUGCGCAGGAGGAGGCUGCUGACCCCGGCAUUUCAUUUUGACAUCCUGAAGAACUACGUUAGCACAUUUAACGCCUCUGCUAACACCAUGCAUGGUAAAUGGUGCCGCCUUGUGGCAGAGGGCAGGACCAACGUAGAGAUCUUUGACCAUGUCACCCUGAUGACACUGGACAGUUUACUGAAAUGUGCCUUCAGCUACAACAGCAACUGUCAGGAGUCAAACAGCGAGUAUGUGUCAGCGAUAGUUAAGCUCAGUGACCUCGUCAUCGAUCGUCGCUUCAAAAUGUUGCAUCACUGGGACUGGAUUUACUGGAAAACUCAGCAAGGGAAACAAUUCAAGAAAGCCUUAAGUGUUGUGCACAGGUUCACCAGUGAAGUGGUUCAGAGGCGUCGUGCCCUCAUUAGCCAGCAGAGGGAGACGGACACAGAAUUCACCACUUCACCUCAAAGAAAGAGAGACUUUGUGGACCUGAUAUUGCUGUCAAAGGAUGAAGAUGGACAAGGCCUUACAGAUGAGGAGAUACAGGCUGAGGCCAACACCUUCAUGUUUGCAGGUCACGACUCAACAGCCAGUGCAAUCUGCUGGACGCUGUAUAAUUUAGCACGCCACGCUCAUCAUCAGGACAAAUGCAGAGAGGAAGUGAUGGAUUUGAUGCAAGGACGGGACAGAGAGGACAUAGAGUGGGAGGAUCUGUCAAACCUCACGUUCACCACCAUGUGCAUCAGAGAAAGCCUCAGACUCCACUCACCUGUGCAGGCUGUGACGAGGAAAUACAGCCGGGACAUGAUGCUGCCUGGGGAUCGAACAGUACCUGAGGGUGCCAUUUGUUUGGUCAGUAUUUAUGGAACACACCAUAACCCCACUGUCUGGACUGACCCACAUGAGUACAAUCCUCUGCGUUUUGACCCGGCCACCACAACAAGCAGAGCCUCUCAUGCCUUCAUCCCCUUCUCGUCAGGCCCCAGGAACUGCAUUGGUCAGAAAUUUGCACUGGCAGAGCUGCGAGUGGUCGUGGCACUGACCCUGCUCAGGUUUCGUCUUACCCUGGGGCUGAACCCCAGCGGUGGUGGUGUCCGUCGUCUUCCCCAGCUGGUCCUGCGCGCCGAGGGAGGGCUGUGGCUGCAGCUGGAGCCUCUGACUGCGCAUGACAUGGAGAAAUGAUCCAAGAAAUAAUAAGUACACAUAAGCUCUGGCCUCACACUGCAUGAUUUUCAGUCAAUUUGGAAGCAAAGCAAACAUUUACUGUUUCAUUAAAGGAAAAUUACAGGCAAAACUU